UAAGCGGCUGCAUUCGCUCCCAUUCAUUGUGCUUACCGGACCCGGAUAUAUUUUUGACGUGUGUGUAUGCAUGGAAAAGUGCGUUUCCGGUAUAACGUGUGUGUUGAUCGGUGCUCAGCCUUUUUCUCUUGGCUUUCAGUAGAACGGUCAUUCACUACAGAGUCCAAGCUCCCUCACCUGCUCACCCGUUAACGGCGUUAUAUCUUAAACCAGUGGACAUGGCAUCUGUUUCGGCACCAGCUCAGGCUGCAGCAGCUCCGGCUGCUUCCCUGCAAAGAGGAAUUGUGAAAAUGGUCUUGUCGGGCUGUGCCAUCAUUGUUCGGGGCCAGCCUCGAGGUGGCCCCCCCCCGGAGCGUCAGAUCAAUCUCAGUAAUAUCCGAGCCGGGGCCAUGGCCCGUCGAGCCGCUCAGGCCCAGCCCGACAGCAAGGACACCCCUGAUGAGCCUUAUGCCUUUCAAGCCAGAGAGUUCCUGCGGAAGAAGCUUAUCGGCAAAGAAGUGUGCUUCACUGUGGAAAUCAAGACCGCUUUGGGCAGGGAGUAUGGCAUAGUCUACCUGGGGCGAGACACAACUGGCGAGAACCUUGCUGACAGUCUGGUGAACGAGGGCUUUGCCACAGUCCGCAGGGAAGGAAUCAGAGGGAACAAUCCAGACCAAGCCAGACUCUGUGAAUUGGAGGACCAGUCCAGGGCUUCUAAGAAGGGCUUGUGGAGCGAGGGCGGCGGCGGCACUCAAUCUGUUCGCGACCUCAAAUACACCAUAGAGAAUCCCCGCAACUUUGUUGACUCCUUGCACCAGAAACCUAUCAACGCCAUCAUCGAGCAUGUGCGUGACGGCAGCGUUGUUCGUGCCUUGCUGCUCCCCGACUACUACCUGGUCACCGUCAUGCUGUCUGGAGUUAAGUGUCCCACAUUCAAGCGGGAAGCGGAUGGUACGGAGUUUACAGAGUCAUUUGCAGCAGAAGCCAAAUUCUUCACCGAAUCCCGACUUCUGCAGAGAGACGUUCAGAUCAUCCUGGAAAGCUGCCCCAACCAGAUCAUACUGGGCACCAUUAUGCACCCGAAUGGAAACAUUACAGAACUCUUACUGAAGGAAGGGUUCGCCCGCUGUGUGGACUGGUCCAUGGCCGUCUACACCCAGGGAGCCGAUAAACUACGUUCUGCUGAAAAAUCUGCUAAAGAGCGCAAGGUCCGCAUCUGGAAGGACUACGUGGCACCCACAGCCAACAUGGACCAGAAGGACAGGCAGUUUGUCGCCAAGGUGAGGUCCUCAAGUGGCUUUUAUAUAGGCUGUUUCCUUUGGCCCCUAACAUAA